CUCUCCCAUCUUCAAGGGUAGGUUGAAGCUCUCAACCAUGGCUGAUCGUGAUCGUAACCCUAGCCAGCAGAGAGCCCCAAGGCCGAAUAAUUCCACUGGCUCCAUCGCCUCCUUUCUCCGUAAACUCCAUUCCCAUGCUCUAAACUCGGGUCUCUUCACUUUCUUCAUCUCAGGCUCCAUUCUUCUCCUCCUCACCGGGGUCACCGUCACCACCAUCGUCGGCCUCAUUUUCUUUGCCCCCUUGAUGCUCAUAUCUAGCCCCAUAUGGGUCUCCAUGGGUACCGUUAUUUUCAUCUCUGCCGCUGGAUUCCUGUCAAUAUGUGGCUUUGGAGUGGUGGUUGCGGCCACCUUAUCUUGGAUGUACCGCUAUUUCAAGGGGCUCAACCCUCCAGGAUCAGGACGGGUUGACUAUGCUCGGAGCCGGAUUUACGACACAGCAAGCCAUGUUAAGGAUUAUGCGAGAGAGUAUGGUGGGUAUUUGCAGAGCAAGGUAAAGGACGCAGCUCCCGGUGCAUGAGAUGGGUAUUAGAAUAUUUUGCUAUGGCUGGACAAGUAUAAGAGAUUUGUGCGACUGGUUGGGUUUGUGGUUUGAUCCGGUUGUGAUGAACAGGUUUUCUUUUGUAGGGAUGGUAAUUUUUGUUCAUUUUGCUUCAAAUUGGAUGAUUCUGAAAUUAAUUUCUUGAUUUUAAUUGAGAGCAUGUGAUGGUGUCUACUAUCUACUGCAUAGUCAGUCAGCCCUUUUUUCUUUUUUAAUUCAGGUUAUGUUCUUCUGUAAAAAAUUAUCAAUUGAUCA